UGUCACAGGAUGUAUUUUGCAUGGAGCAUUUGCCUUUCUGCUAACCCAGGGUGAGGGCUGCCACCUAAUUAAAUAAUCUUCUUUCCUGACCCUUCAAAGGCUGUAAGCAGCUUUUCCCAGCAAAGCAGUGCCAUCAUGUGUGUGAGAUGAAAUAAGUUGUUAGAGCUUUCAAGGAAAAUGUGAUGCAGCACAACCAGAUAUAUCCGUUUAAAUGAACAUUCAAGGCCUUCUUAGCUGAGGACAUGGGACUAUGCCGAGGGUAGCAUGUUUAAUACCUGGAAGCCAAUGUGGGUUGUGCUCUUAGAAGAUGGAAUUGAGUUCUACAAGCGGAAGUCUGACAACAGCCCCAAAGGGAUGAUCCCACUAAAAGGAAGCACCAUCAACAGCCCAUGCCAAGAUUUUGGCAAAAGAAUGUUUGUCUUCAAACUCACUGCAGCCAAGCAACAGGACCACUUUUUUCAAGCCUCCUACCUGGAAGAGAGAGAUGCUUGGGUACGGGAUAUCAAAAAGGCAAUUCAGUGCAUAGAUGGAGGUCAAAGAUUUGCCAGGAAAUCUACAAGAAAAUCCAUCAGACUGCCUGAAACAAUCAACUUGAGUGCUUUGUACCUCUCAAUGAAAGAUCCUGAAAAGGGAAUAAAGGAAUUGAAGCUGGAAAAAGAUAAAAAAGUGUUCAAUCACUGCUUUACAGGCACUGCUGUGAUUGACUGGCUGGUCUCUAGCAACUCCAUCCGAAAUCGCAAAGAAGGCCUCAUGCUUGCCUCCUCCCUCUUGAAUGAAGGCUACCUACAGCCUGCAGGAGAUACAUCCAAGGCUGCAGCUGAGGGACUGUCAGAUACCCCAUUCCUGGAUCUUAGUGAUGCCUAUUACUACUUUCCUGACAGUGGAUUUUUCUGUGAGGGGAAUUCUAGUGACGAUGAUGUGGUCCUGAAAGAAGAAUUCAGAGGCAUGAUAGUCAAACAAGGAUGUUUACUAAAACAGGGGCAUCGGAGGAAAAACUGGAAAGUGAGAAAGUUUGUUUUAAGAGAGGACCCUGCGUAUCUUCACUACUAUGAUCCUGCUGGAGGAGAAGAUCCACUGGGAGCAAUCCACUUGAGGGGCUGCGUGGUGACUGCAGUGGAAGAUAUGCCAGACUCCAAGAAGUGUGACGUUGAAAACAAUCUGUUUGAAAUAAUCACAGCAAGUGAAGUCCACUAUUACUUGCAAGCAGCUUCAUCCGCAGAGCGUACAGAGUGGAUCAAAGCAAUUCAGACAGUUGCUAGGACUGGGAAAUGAAGAUGAUCCACCAGCAAGAAGGACAACUGAAACUGAUUGCUCAAAACAAAAUGGGAAUUUUAGCUUUUCUCUGAAAUAAAGUUGUGUCAACCAGAAAAGCCUCCUAAGGCUUGUGGAUUGGGAGGGGGGAAUAAGUUUCAGUUCCGUAGUGGGCACAACCACAACAGAAGUAGAAAGUGUCUUACUAAAUUAUAGCAUAGAAUAUGUUACAUUAGUGUGUGCUUCCUGUAGUAUUCAGUAUGCCUUGGGAAGGUUAUAUCUUCUGCCUUUCCCUGCUGCCACUGCUGAUAGCGAGAAUUUCACCAUUAAGAGAGGACAGGAUCUCAUUGCUGUCUGUACACAAGAAAUAGCCACGUAUGACUCAGCUUUUACUGUUUGAGUAUCUUCUAAUAACUCAAGGGAUUCCCAAGACAAACCCUUUCUUCUUUACCAGCCUGUCUUUCUACUGCCAUGUUCAGCUAUCCAAGUAAUGCAAUAGAGCUAAGGAAAAAAUAGUUUUUUGGAGAUGUGAUCCACACCUUUAUAAUCCUUCAGUGUUAAGGACUGGAAGAGUUCAGACGACUGUAGUAGCAUUAUGCAGAAAGCAUGCACAAAUCAAUAACAGCAGUAUGAGUAUCCAUGCAGGAAAAUUCUUUGCCCAUGAUUCUUCUGAGGCAAUCUCAGUUUUUCUGUACCGCUUCAUUUUGAUCUUCACUAAAUUUCUCCAAAAGAAUCUGUUCCAAGAUCAUUGUUUUGCUUUAUUUAGAUCUUCAGUGCAGCUGCUGCAGUGUUGUGCACUGCUGAUUUGACCUGUAUUUGAAUUAAGAAUCUUUCAGGAAAAGGAUCCAUAUAUUGAUACUUGAAUUCCCAGCCGAGGUGUUGUUGAUUAGGGUCUUUCUUAACCUACAGAAAUAUACUCAAUGCUUGGCUCUGUGCUUUAAGUCGUAUUUGAGGAACGUUAUUAGUUCUGCAAUAAAUGUCAUUUGAUGGUGUCAGGUUAACCUGA